AUGAAUUAUCAUAACUUUAUUUUAUAGCUUCUCCAUGUUAGAAUAAUCUCUGUCAAAAACUCACACACUUUCUAAAGUGGAUCUAAAUUAUUCUUUAGCUUAAUAUAUUGGAGUAAAUUUAAUUCUUUUGGUGAAAAUUACACUUCUCAACUGCUAUUUGUUCUAGGUAUUGAUCAUAAGUAUCUAUAGCAAAUGAUGUGAAUUUUACAGCUUCCUUUUUUAAUGAUUCAGUCAACAUUAAAGCUGAUACCGCUCAAAUACAUGUAAUAAGUGAUCUUGAAAUGGUUGCAUUUUAUAAAUUAAUAUAUAAAAUUUAAUGA